AAUGCUUACAGUCUGUACAGAUUCACCAAGGACAGAUCCAGUCAAAAGUUCAAUGUCCAUAUACAGACACGUUCUAUCCACGCCAUUUUAUCCUCCAGAGACACCAAACUAAUCAGUAGACACCUCCAUUCGUUCCUUUGCCUCCUGAUCACUCUUUUGUACCCUUGGUCCUCUGAAACGCCUACCUUGCACGAUUCCUCCUCAAACUCCUGUCCUAGGAAAAAGUUCCUUCCCACUCAACCUCGAUCUCGACGACCUGCGAAAUAGACGCUGUUAAAGUGUACUCCUCGAUUGUGUCAUAGGUUGGUUGGAGGAAUGCCUGUUCAUUCACGGUAGACUUUUCGCCCUCGACUUAACAUGCGGCUGCCAUCAUGGCUUUCGCUAUUUCUUCUGGCUUCGCACGCAGUGGCUGCGCAGCGGGAUUACGAGAAGAAUGACUACUUCGCCGUUCAUCUAGGUCCUACUGCCGACAUCCAGGAAGUUGCUCGACUCUUUGGAGUUAAGCAUGAAGGACAGAUCGGGGAGUUAAGUGACCACCACACUUUCUCGUGCUCAAAGGGUUCAUGUCCAGACUUUGAGGCUUCGUUACAUGAAUUAAAAUUACGGAAGAAAAGAUGGAGGAGAGGGGACAUUGGCUUACAAAAACGCGACUCCUGGAGACAACUCUCCAUUGAGUUGGGAGGCAUACUCUGGGCCGAGCAACAACAUCUUCGACAUCGUCAUGUCAAGCGCAUACCGCCUCCAGGGCCCCUCGUUUCAAGGCAGGACAAGGCAGAUGGCGGGACCGAUGCUGAACAGCAAGAGGCCAUACAGCGGCUGAAUAGUAUUGCCGAGACGUUGGAUAUUUCUGACCCCAUCUUUAAGGAGCAGUGGCACUUGUUCAACCCGCUGCAACUGGGACACGACCUCAAUGUGACCGGAGUAUGGCUCGAUGGCAUCACGGGUAAUGGGACCAUCUCCGCAGUCAUAGAUGAUGGUCUUGAUAUGGAUAGCAACGAUCUGAAAGACAACUACUAUGCAGCGGGCUCCUAUGACUUCAACGACAAGGGCCCUGACCCCAAGCCUCGGCUGUUCGACGACAAACAUGGCACACGAUGCGCUGGUGAGAUUGCUGCCGUCAAGAACAAUGUUUGCGGAGUGGGUAUGGCAUACGACAGUAAGGUCGCUGGCCUGCGUAUUCUUUCCAAACCAAUCAGUGAUGAAGACGAAGCAACCGCUAUCAACUACCACUAUCAAGAAAAUGACAUAUACUCGUGCUCGUGGGGCCCGCCAGAUGACGGAGCAACAAUGGAAGCUCCAGGAAUCCUCAUUCAGCGAGCUAUGGUCAAUGGUAUACAAAGUGGAAGAGGUGGCCUCGGAUCGGUCUUUGUCUUCGCAGCGGGCAAUGGUGCGGCCAGUGAGGAUAACUGUAACUUUGAUGGGUAUACCAACAGCAUCUACUCUAUUACGGUUGGAGGCAUUGACAGAGCUGGAAAUCACCCGUACUAUUCAGAGGCUUGCUCGGCACAGCUUGUCGUGACAUACAGUUCUGGCCACAAUGAUGCAAUCCACACGACUGAUGUGGGUGUCGACAAAUGCUACACCGGCCAUGGCGGCACGUCAGCUGCUGGUCCGUUGGUGGUAGGCACUGUUGCCCUUGCACUCAGUGCUAGACCGGACCUCAGUUGGAGGGAUCUCCAGUAUCUUUGUGUUGAGACUGCCAUUCCAAUACAUCUAGAUGACGGUAGCUGGCAGAACACGACCAUUGGAAAGAAAUUCAGCCACACUUAUGGCUAUGGCAAGGUUGAUGCCUACCUUUUCGUCGAGGCUGCAAAGUCUUUCGUCCCCGUCAAGGCGCAAGCGUGGUUUCACUCGCCAUGGCUCAGCGUCCAGCAUGCGAUACCUGAAGGUGAUCAAGGGCUUGCUGCCAGCUUCAACGUCACGCAGCAAAUGCUGGAUGAAGCCAAUCUGGAGAGACUGGAGCACGUCACUGUUACGAUGAACGUCAAGCACGGCAAAAGAGGCGAUUUAAGUGCCGAUCUGAUCAGUCCGGAUGGUGUUGUCAGUCACCUGGCAGUAACUCGCAGACCAGAUGUUGCUGAUACAGGAUAUGAUGACUGGACCUUCAUGUCUGUCGCCCAUUGGGGUGAAUCUGGAAUCGGCAAAUGGACUGUCGUUGUCAAAGACACCCGCGAAAACGAGUUCAAUGGCACAUUUAUCGACUGGCGUCUCAAUCUCUGGGGUGAGAGUAUCAAUGAGCAGAUACAAGGCCUUCAUCCAUUGCCUGAUGAGCAUGACGAUGAUCACGAAACAGCCACCGCGAUCGUCAGCACUACAAGUGUAGAUGCAGCUCCGUCACCAACAUCACUAGCAGCAAAACCUACAGACCAUAUCGAUCGGCCAACAAAGCCUAAGCCUGGCGAUGACUCUGAUACAACAGCCACAGCCCCGACCACGAGUACCGGUUCCGAAGCCGCUGCCACCACCACUGGAGCAGUAGAACCAACGCAUACCUACUCGGACAGCUUUCUGCCCUCUUUCUUCCCAACUUUUGGCGUCUCCAAACGCACUCAGAUCUGGAUCUAUGGCUCCAUCGGCCUCAUCAUAGUCUUUUGUGCUGGGCUUGGAGUAUAUUUUGUGCUCCAACGAAGAAAGAGAUUGCGAAACAAUCCCCGUGAUGCAUAUGAGUUUGAAAUGGUCGGUGACGCCGACGACGAUGAGCAGCAAGGUCUCAACAACCGCCGCACUCGCACAGGUAAAGGUAGAGCACGUCGUGGGGGAGAAUUGUACGAUGCAUUUGCUGGAGAAAGCGACGACGACGACGACGACCUCUACAGCGAGGACGACACCUACCAGGACACCCCCAGUAACGACACUAGUACGGGUUCUAGAGGUGACAGCCCUGCAGGGCGAGAGAAAUAG